CUUGGGCUCGGUGUUCCUGCCCUGGAGGCUCCUGCUCCGCUUUGGUGGCGCGGUGACGCUGUGGGUGCUGGACGAUGGUGGGAGGACACCAGCGUCCCCCAGAAGUGGACUUGAUCCCUGCUAUCUGAGUGGAGGAGGCCAUUGGAGGAGGAGAGUCAAGAUGCUCCAGUUGACAGUCAGGUGACCGUCUGAAGCUCAUCUGCCUCUUCAACAUCAGGUCUAGGUGGCUGUGCUGUAGACUCUGUUGCCCUGUGACGUGCUGGUGCGGGGAGUUCCAUAGGGAGGACGCUCGAUGUCCUGGAAGCCAGAAAUGGGGUUGGUGUCGUUUGAGGAUAUAGCUGUGGAAUUCACCUGGCAGGAAUGGCAGGACCUGAAUGAAGGUCAGAGAACUCUCUACAGGGAUGUGAUGCUGGAGAACUACAGCAACUUGCUGUUCUUGGGGCACUGCAAGACCAAACCUGAGCUGAUCUUCAAUUUGGAGCAGAGACUUGGGUCAUGGAUUGUAGAAGGUUCACACCAGAGCAUACCAGAUUUCCAGAAAAUGAAUACCCCGAACAAGACCAGUCCAGAAACCAAAGCAAGACAUGUGUGGCAAGUUGCCCUCAACAGUGAUACAUCAAAGGAGUUGGCUGGAAUAGGGAAUACUUGCAAUGUUAGCACAAACCACAUUUCAAAUCAGACUGUAAAGAAUGAGAACUCACUAGGAAUGAGUCCUAGAAAGUUCAUUCUGUGGAAGGAUGUGUAUCUCUAUAGUGAUGUUGAUGAGAUAGAAGUUGGAGAAGAACCUGAUGAUCUUAAUGGAACUGUAAAAUCUGUCAAUCGUCCAGAGCAUGUUAGUCUAUAUAAGUUUCAAAGUUCACAAAGUUACUUUCAGAGUCUUAUACCAGGGAAAUCCUUCAACACAAAAGCAGUAUUACUUACUCAUAAGUUCAAUGAAUAUGCAAAAUCCUUAGGUGAUACAGCAUUUAUUGGCAAAGAGAUGGCUCAGAUAAGGGUGAAAUCUUUUGAAUGUAAUGAAUCAGAGAUAAAGUGUAACAAGCCUGACCAUAAUGAAAAUGAACCAAUGCAUGUGGGAGAGAAACAUUACAAAUGUAGUGACUUUGAGAACCCUUUUAUUAUUGAGUCAUACCUUCCAAAACAUAAAGGACAACAUGAAAAGCUCUUUGUCCAGAAGGAAUAUGAGUUUUCUCAACAGUCAGAAGUGAGUCUUCAUCAGAAAAUCCGCAGAGGGAAAAAGACAUAUGAAUGUAAAAUAUGUGGCAAGUGCUUUUAUUGGAAAACAAGCUUCAAUAGACAUCAGAGCACUCACACUGGUGAGAAGCCCUAUGAAUGUACGGAAUGUAGUAAAGCUUUCUGCCAAAAGUCACACCUCACUCAGCAUCAGAGAGUUCAUACAGGUGAGAGGCCAUAUAUAUGUUUUGAAUGCAGGAAAGCUUUCUAUCGUAAGUCAGAGCUUACUGACCAUCAGAGAAUUCAUACAGGUGAGAAGCCAUAUGAGUGUAAGGAAUGUGGGAAAGCUUUUUGCCAAAAGCCCCAACUUACUCUACAUCAGAGAAUUCAUACAGGUGAGAAGCCCUAUGAGUGUGCAGAAUGUGGGAAAGCCUUCUCCACCAAGUCCUAUUUAACUGUACAUCAGAGAACUCACACAGGUGAGAAACCUUAUGAAUGUACGGUAUGUAGGAAGUCAUUUAUCUGUAAGUCAAGUUUCAGUCAUCAUUGGAGAACUCAUACAGGUGAAAAACCCUACGAAUGUAAGCAGUGUAUGAAGACCUUCUACCGUAAGUCAGGCCUGACUCGACACCAGAGAACUCACACAGGUGACAAACGCUAUGAAUGUCAGUUGUGUCAGAAAGCUUUUUACUGCACUUCACAUCUCAUUGUACAUCAGCGAACGCACACAGGAGAGAAGCCUUAUGAGUGUAAGGAAUGCAGGAAAGCUUUCUAUGAUAAGUCAAACCUUAAACGGCAUCAGAAGAUUCAUACUAUGAAGAAAGCCUCUGAAUGCAAACAAUCUAACAAAUUUUUUCUAAGUAGUACUUCUCAACAUCAGACAAUGUAUUAUGAAUAUGAAGAAUGCAAGAAAGCUUUCCACCAGAAAACCAACUUUACUUAAACAUCCAACACUCUUACAGGUAAGGGAACCCUGUGAUUAGAAAACAUUUAUCCAAAAGUCAGAUCUUAUGUACAUUGGGCCACUUAAACAAGGGAUUAAACCAAAUAAUGAAUAAACAGUGAAGGAAAACUUUGAUUCUUGUUUGUUUAUCAAAGAACUCACAACUGACUGUGGCAAAUAAUUUAGCCAGCUAUAUUAACCCAAUAUAAGAUAGAUGUUUAUGAUGGAGGAUCACAUAGAGGAAGACACCAUGACUUAGGAGAAAAUAGGGCAAAGUUUUCUACUUGAGGCUCUCUUUGACAUACUACCAGAACCUAGUGUGAAACCAGUGAAAGUGAGGAAUGCCCCAAACUCUGAGUAGAAUUUGGAAGUCAUUGCUGGGUGUUGGGACAUGUGUGUAAUCUCAAUACUUGGCAGUUUGAAGAAAGAAGAUGAGUUGUGGUCUAACCUUGGCUACAAAGCAAUUUCAAACCCAGCCUGGGUUACAUGAGGACUUUAAAAAAAAAUGACAAUUCAAAAUAUAAGAAUCUGAGAGUCUAAACUUCACAAAUGGUAUAAAGGGGACAAAGGACAAUACAAUUUGGGGUAAAUUGCUAUACCUCACUUCCAUUUGAAUCAAAGAUGCUAUAGGAGCUCUAUUUGAGUUUUGUAGAAACUUGUGGAACUUUGUGGCAAUUACAUGACACUGAGCAUCACUCAUAAAAGUAAUCCCACUUGAAUUUAAGCAGUUAGGGCUGAGAAUGUAGCUCAGUGACAGUGUUUGGCUGCUAUUGGUGUUAUCUGUCCUUCAUAUAAAUUACAUCUACGAUCACCUUAAAGGCUGUAUUACAUUUAUCUGUACAUGUCCAUAGCACAGCAUACAGCAUAUCAAAGUCAGAGGACAAACCCCAGAGUCCGUUCUCUUCUACCUGGUGGGUUCUUAGUAUCAAACUCAGGUUGUCAGGUUUGGCAGAAAACAUCUUUACUCUCUGAGCCAUCUCUCCCGCUCCUGUAUUUUAUACUCAACAACUGUUGUAAAUUAAAGCGAUACUGGAGGUAUUUUCAGCCAGUCCAGAAUGCUUUACUGGGAAGGACAUUUCUUUUUAUCACUUAUAGUAGUCUCCCUAACUUCAGUUUGGAGAUAAGGUCUUGGUACAAAUGCCCUGAAGUCCCGCUUAUCUUGCCUUAGGCUUGUGAGUGCUUAGAUUAAAUGUAUGUGCUACUAUGCCCAGCCAUAAAAUUUUAAGGAAGAAAAAAAAUUUUCUGGAGUUAUUGGAUGGUGUGUUCAUGUUCUAAAUACCCCAUCAAUGUUACAAAAAAAUUGAGCAAAUGAAAAGAUUUGAUUUUACAGCUCAGUGAAAGGAUGACAAAUCUGUCUCAAAUGGUAAUGAUGGUAUUGUGAAAUUUCAAAGAUGCUGGAUUAGAUACCUAUAUCUUGUUCAUCACAGACAAGCAGAAGGCAGGGAAGCUGAAGAAGAUAAUGAAAGGUGAAAUAAAAUACACUCUCAUUUGGAUUGUAUUAAAAUCCUAAAAUGUAAAAACAUUCUGAUCAUAUUACUUGGGCGUUAAUUGGAAAUAAUAAAUGAUUUAAAAAUAUUAUUUCAAGUUGUAUUCAGUUGUGUACAAACAAGCAGGAUGGUCAUUCCCAGUCAGCAUAAACUGACCUCCAAUCUGGGGCAUUUGUGGUUGACAUAAAUGAAAGUUGAUAGUUAUAAUGAAAUCUAGUGGACAAGCUUGAACACAAUUCAUAAUAGAACUAUGUUCUGCAUUUUAUAGUUUUAGAAAUCUGAAUAAAGGCACUCAUCUAGAGUACAGAAAAUUUGUUACAUAUGUAAAAAUACAUUAAGAGACUAAAGAGGUAGGGUACAUGCCUUUUUAUGUAUGCAGUAUUCCUUGCAAUUUCAGACUUACAGUAUUAAAUUACUGUGGUUGUAUUAUUUAACUUGGUAUUGCUGUGGCCAACUAUCUGAUAGAACCUAUUUAAGGGUGUAAAUAUUUAUUUUGGGCCAUAGUUUCAAAUAGUCAAUAGUUUACCCCUUUACUAUGGGUAGGUCAUGGUUAGCAAAAGGGUCAGGAAAACAAUGUUAAAACAAAUAGGAAACAGCAAAGAAGUGACUGAAUACCAAGUUUACUCUUUAAUGAUAUACUACAGCAACAUAUAUUAAAAACAAAUAUGUCCCCCCUUCCCCCAAAAAAAGACAAGCAAAAGGUCUUCCUGGAUUUUAUAUCACCUUCCAAAGUAUUGGCACUGUCCAAGAACCAAGCAUCCAAGCCUUUGGGUAACAUUUCAGAUUCAACUUGAUAUAUACAGUUUUACAUUAAACAACUAACCCAUUAAUAUUUUGUUAAAUAUAUCAUGUUUAUAUAGAGUUGUAUGGAUAUUUUUAUAUAAACUACUCAGACUGAAACUGACAAGUUAUCCACUGCCCCAAAGUGGGUGAUUGGUAAUGCAUUUUCAAGGUUUAAUCAACAUAGAACUUGAUAUUCUAAUAUAAAUUCAUGUUGAAAUGCAGAAGCUGGUAUAUAAUUGUUCAUAGUUGACAUCUGAAUUAAAGCAUUUUUUGGCAAACAAU